AUGACCCUUGAUAACAUAUACCAAAACAAGAUGAAAGAAAAACUUCCAGAUACAUUUGGAGCAUCAUUUCAGAAGAUGAUUUGCUAUGCUGAAAACAGUUUAAAGUCUUCGGAAUUGUAUGAAAAUCUUUUAAAAACAUUGAAAGAAAAAAAGAAGAUAAAAAGAAUAAGUGCAAAUGUCCCACAUGGAAUCCUAUCCCCUGAAGACGACCCUGCUAUUCUUCAUGAUAUAAAGGUCAACUGCUAUGGCCCUGAUGACACAAUCUACAACAAUGAUCCUGAAGUUCGAAAAAAUGUUCCUCGUGGUGUAACACUCUUGGAGUUUAAGGGACAGUUUGAUUUAGUGAUCUUUGCCAAUAAAAAAUUUACUGGUGGUAUUGGUGAUGAGGAUGAUAAACAACCGGAAACAAAUGAUCUAUGGAAACAAUAUUGCUUAGAAGAUCUCAGUACUACUACUUCUAAAGUAGUUUGUAUGACUAAAGUGAAUGGUGAAUCAGCUCAUUUCAGUGGCAGAUACAUUAAUGGUAAAUUUUUUUUAAUUACUGGGAGUAAAAGUGUUCAUAUGUUAAUUGGAGAAAGGGAAGACAUUGAGCGGUAUGAUGGAGAACGUUAUGUUGUUGCUAAAGUUGUGGCCAGAUCACUGUGGGAUACAUUGAAUAAUAUGGAUAUUAUGAAUCGACAUUUGGUAUAUAGUAUCUUACACUAUACUAAAUGUACAGCUGUGUGUGAGCUUCUUCAACCUGACAACCAACAUAUUGUUAACCUCAGUCACUUGGAUAAGCAUCAACUCAACGUUAUCUGUUUUACUCCAUUGUACAACGAAUAUGAAGAGACUAGCCUUCUUGCAUUACCUCCACACUACACACUCAACCUGUUUACGGCAUUAGGCUUUAUAUCUCCUGCCUAUUCAAUAAUUGAAGCUAAAGAUGUAGUGAAACACCAGAAUAAGGAAAUGGGGAAAAGUUUUCUACAGUGGCUAAAUGAAAAAGUAGAAAAAAAACAUAUUGCUGUGGAAGAUAUUAGGCCCCAAUUUCCAACAAUAUGGAGCAGGUUUCUUUUUGAAAAAAAUUUGACCGACAAUUUUGAAGAUGAUGAAGAAGAAGAAUUAGGUGGUUAG